CAGGCGGAGGGCAGGAUGAGCGACCCGGCCGUGUGCUGCUUCCUCACCAGGGCGCUGUGCGCGCAGGGCGGGCGGCUGGGGCUGCCGGAGCUGCAGCAGCACGCCGGGCUGUCGGCCCCGCAGCUGGCCGAGACGCUGGCGGCGGCGGGCCCCCGGCGCUUCCUGAUGUUGCGCGGCGGCGCCGAGGUCCUGGCCGUGUCUGACGUGCGGGUCUGUCCCCGCAGGGAGUGCGGCGGCGGCUGCGAGCGGCUGCACCUCUGCAAGCAAAACCUCAUGGGCAAGUGCCACCUGGGGCCCAGCUCUUGCAAGUACUCACAUGACAUCACCAAUGCUGAGAACAAAAAAAUUCUAAGAAAACAUGAUUUGUCUGGCCUCAGUGAGAAUGAGCUGCGAAUCCUGCUUCUUCAAAACGACACUUUCUUCCUCCCUGAUACCUGCCAGUUUUACAACAAAAAAGGUGGUGUCUGCAUGCAGCAAAACAACUGCAACAAGCUUCAUGUUUGUCGACAUUUUCUCCAGGGGGAAUGUAGAUUUUUUCCAUGCAUGAGGUCCCAUAACCUCUUGGAUGGCCAUGCACUGAGAGUGUUGGAAACUGGAGGCAUUGAUGGGAAAAUAGCUUCGAACCUCCAGAUUAUAUAUGAUUAUAAGCACAUGGAGUUCAACAGGGAACUGAAGAAGGGAAAUGUACACAACUACAAACCAAGGGGAAAUUGUUUGAAAAAAACAGUAGUUACAAUGAGUAAAGAACCGAAGGUACCUUUGCAAACAGUGGACUCCACACUCCACGUGCCAUCUCCAGAAGAUAAAAAGGACGAUUCCUCUGCUGAAGCUUCAAAGGACAACAAAGAAGUUAACUGUGAUGAGAUCUGUGUGUUCUAUGUCUGGAAGUACUGCAAACAUAAGGAUAAAUGCAAAUCUGUUCAUUACCAUUUGCCAUAUAAAUGGGAGAUAUAUGAUGGGAUCACCUGGAAUGACCUUUCCAUGAUGGAGGAAAUUGAAAAGGCCUAUUGCGACCCAAAAACCAGCAGCAUAGCAAGCAGGAACAUUAACUUUCAGACAAUGACCUGCUAUUCUUCUCCAGUUCGGCGCCUCUCUACACCAUCAUCAGUCACAAAACCCACAUUCGUACUGACCACACAGUGGAUAUGGUAUUGGAAGAAUAACCAAGGCCAGUGGAUUGAAUAUGGAGAACAGGGAGAAGGGGACAGUGUGGACUCACCAUCUUCUGCUGUUCUUGAGAAUUUGUAUCAAGUAGAUCCAGAUGCCACCAUAUCUUUCCAGGCUGGUCAGCAUCAUUACAACCUCAAUUUUAAAGAAAUGACCCAGACAAACAUUGCUUUUAAAACUAGAAGACAGGUCUGCAGGCGACCAAAAUUUGUGUCUUCUGAAGAUGUGCAGAAGAUAAAGAAAGGCCAGAGGGAUUCUUCUAUUCCAAAUCAAGCCUGUCCUAGCCACUGGGAUCAAUCUGCACUGCCUGACUUGGGAUACAAGGCAGUGGUGAUCAGUAGUGUGACCCCUGAGUACAACACAAUAAAGCAGCUGUUCCAUCAGACUAUGAAAACCUACAGCAUCCUUAAAAUACAGAGGAUUCAGAAUCCAUCCCUCUGGAAGGUGUUUCAGUGGCAAAAGGAGAAGAUGAAAAGGGAGAAUGGAGGAAAGGAAGUGCAGGAAAAGCUCCUGUUUCAUGGAACCAACACCUCCUUCACGGAAACCAUCUGCGCUCAGAAUUUUGACUGGAGAAUUUGUGGAAAAAAUGGAACUAACUAUGGAAUGGGAAGUUACUUUGCUAGAGAAGCUUCCUAUUCCCAUGCAUACUGUCAGGCUACGGAGAAAGGAAACAUGAUGUUUGUGGCUCGUGUUUUGGUUGGAGACUAUAUUAAAGGGAAUGCAGCCUAUGUUCGUCCUCCAAAAAAGUCUGUGGAUGGGCUUUGGUUUUAUGACAGCUGUGUGGAUGAUGAGUUAAAUCCUUCUGUUUUUGUUGUCUUUGAAAAACACCAGAUUUACCCAGAGUACAUAAUAGAGUAUAAAGAGGAUGAAAAAAGAUGUGUUAUAUCUUAGAGGGAUCGUGGCAGUUUAUAUCCCUCAUCUUGUUUUCCGUACUGCAGGUGUUCUCGUACUUAGUGACUUCUUUCUUCUUAAUACAGUUCUUUGGAAUGUUAAUCCAAACAAAUUUUGCAUUGAGGAGGGCUGGCAAAACAGCUAUUACACUUGAGACUGUCUUUUCUUCUUCCUCUUUUAAAUGAAUCAUAGGCAUUUGGAAAACCGUAGCAGGAAAAUCAGAAUUGUGGGAUGGGAUGUUAUCAAUUCUGUGGGCAAAUAACUGUAAAUGCAUUGUCUUAAAAAUAGAGAGGAUUUCUCUUUGUGAACAGUUAGAAGAAAAAUUAACAGUACAGUAGCUUUUAAGGAAGCUUUCAGGUUUUUAUAGAGAUUCUUUUCAGUGCAGAAUUCAUCUGUUCUUGAUCCUCUCAUCUGUAAUUACUGUAAACAGCUCAGUGUAGGUGAGAAUGAUGACUUUGUUUUCAAAACACUGCUUGUUAACUCUGAUACAAGUUUUGAGUUCAAAUGGUAAAAAAAAAAAAGCCUAUAUUAAAAUCCAUGUCGUUAAUUCUUGAGCGGAAAAUUUUUGUCUGUACAAUGACGGAUCAGAAAGUUGUUGGAUCAAAUUCUUUAUGGAGAUCUGCAGUAACUUGAUUUGACCUCUACAAAAGCAGAGCUCAACUGAAGCUGUGAAAGCCACAACUUAUGAGUAAGCAGACACUGAAAUUUGAGGGUUUGGCUGCAGCUAAUGGCUGUAAGGGUAUGAAGGCUGUGUCCCAACGAGCCAGGCUUUGCAGUGGAUGUGGCCACAUAGUUUCUCAAUGUGAACACUUGUUUUGUGAAUGUGAUAGGACAGAAGAAACUUCUUAAGGAGCAUUGAGGUUUUCUGUCCUAUUUGUCUGCGUCAAUUUUCGUUUUUCCAGACGUAGGACAUGACUGGCAGAGACCAGUUAUGUUCUCUGAAGGCCAGUGGUAGAACUGCUGUCCUAAGACACUGUCCACACAUUUUGUUGCCCAUGUUGCACUGGGCAACGCGCUGACAAGUGAGGUUCUUCUUUGUAUUUUGAGGUAGCUGUGGGUUAUCCCACAUAAUGCUUUCCUGGCUCUACUUUGGAGAAACUCACUUUCUCAGCGAUGUACAACCCUAACAACAGUGGCUGAGCCCUUUUUUGCAGUUACAUGCUUUUUGUUGUUCCCGAAAAACCCCACCAGAAAUUUGUGCAGAGUUUCUACUGGAUUUUAAUAAGCAGUCUGUAAGUUGAUGGAACUGAAAACCCUCUGUACAAAGAUGUAGGCAGUCUAGCUGUUAAGAGGGAAACUGUUGGUGAGGACAGAGGAGCAGUAAUUUUUACUUUCAGAUAAGCUUUACAGUAACACCAACAGCCUUCCACUUUUUUGCAUCUUGAUACCAAUCUGUUAACCACUCAAAGAUUGCAAGUUCCCAAGAGGAUGGAAAGAGAUAAACCCAGGAAAUCUUAUUAAAAUGAUUGUCUUAGAACUAAAUGAAAACAUGUGUCAGUAAAGCAUUAAAAGGGGAAGAUUUUGCCACUUUUUAAGAUGUCUCUUGUUUGUCUGCAGAGUUCCUGAAUCACUGACUUUGCUGUAUUUGCAAAUAAAAUGUGUUUUCAGUCA